UGUGUGAGGUGGGGAAUGUAGAUCUGCAACCAUAAAUGAAUAUCAGCCAUAUUGCAAAAUGGAUGACUAAACAAGCUGAAAUACUCAUGUAAAAUCUGAUAUGUUUGACCAACUGCGCUUUCAUGAGAUAAGACACCCUCAUAAACCUAUCGAAAUUUCGCUCUAAGUUAUCCACGGAGGUCUAAUAAUCUUACAAAAUGUCUGACGAACUAACAAUCGAAGAACUUCGGUUGGAAGUGGAAAAUUUAAGAUCUGAGUUGAGGGAAACUACAGUUGAAAAAGUGCAAGCUGCUGAAUAUGGAUUACAGGUUUUGGAAGAAAAACAGCAACUGGAACAACAGUUUGAAGAUCUGGAAAAUCAGUUUGAUAAAAUGAAACAUCAGCUUGAUUACGCUGAAAAGGCAUUGAGUAAGCACCAGAUAACUUUUAAAAAGCACCAUGAAAGUGGAAUACAUGAUGAAGAGGAAUUUUUACAAGAAACAGCUACUCGAGAAGAAGGAUUGCGAUCAAACAUAACAGACCUGGAAGUAGAAUUAAGAACUCUGCACCAAAGCUUUGAACAAACCAAAUCAGAAAAUGAACGCUACAGAACCCUUAAUUCUGAGUUACAACUACAGAACGAAAACUUGGAAACUAUCAAACAACAAUUAAGGCAUGAAAUAAGAGAAUAUAAAAUCCGUGAAAACAGAAAUCUCUCUGACUAUGCAGAACUAGAAGAUGAAAAUAUUAGUCUUCAGAAACAGGUAUCGUUAUUGAAACAAGCCCAAGUGGAGUUCGAAGCCAUGAAACAUGAAAAUAAACGACUUCAAGAAUGCACUGAAGACCUAAAUAGUCAAAUAAGUGAGUUGGGGAACUUAAAGAAAAUUAUUGAACAAAAUUUGGAAGAAGCUUUAAAUUCCCUUCAAGCGGAACGUGAUCAGAAACACAGUCUCAAAAAGGAGUUAGAUCUGCGAUUAGCUCAAGAAUCCAUGUUCAACAUUAGCAAUUUGGCUCAUUUCGGUGGACUCUCUGAUGGUCUUAAGUUCAAUAUUAAUUCAGAUAAUAUUGACACAGGUGCAGAUGAGGACCUUGAAACUCAGGAUCAUCCAGCUUUAAAACAGAUUGAGGCUGAUUUCUCAAAACAUGACAAUAUUUCGAAACCUAGGGCCGGUGUUGUUAAUGAUAUUUUAAGUGAAAUUCAGGUUACUGAGGUGCAAAAAUUAGAAAAACUUAUAGAACAAAUUGAAAAUGAAAAAUUCAAGCUUCAAGCAUCAGUGAGUGAAGCGCAAAAACGUUAUGAUGAAGCUCAAAAGGCAUAUCUUAAGGAAAAGGAUAGAUCCGAAAAAAUGAAGAGUCUAAUAAGCUCAUUAGGAAACCUAGAUCUCUCAGACAUUGUUAAUCUAUUUUCCAUUGAGAACUUAACAGUUGAAAUUGAUAAAGAGGAGGAUCCAGAGAAAAAGGCCAUUCUUCAAAUGAAGAAAAAUAUUUUGCAUAAUGAAUUGAAAUAUUCCAAAGAAUUAAAAGGUUUAGAAGCUGAGUUGGAAGAUUUACGUAAUUUGGCACCAAGCGGUAUCCAUGAAGAAGUCAGUAAAAAAUCCUUACAACAGCAUGCUGACAAGAUUAAAGAAUUGGAGAAGACAAUUAAAUUUUCAGUUUCGGAAGGCGAGUUAGAUCAGCAUAAUCUCAAUGCAACACAAGAUGAACUUAUAAACACCUCAGAUAACUUAGCUCUGUUGUAUCAUCUGAUUUGUGAAAUGAGUGGGUCUACUCCAAGUCGUGUUGUUCUUGAUCACGCUAAAGCUGCUGCAGCUCUAUCUAAGGUAAAUGGUGAAAGCCAGUCAGAUGCAACUAAGACUACUUCAGAAGAGAAUGGACCUGUAUCUGAUACUGGAGAAGAUUCUCAAGAUAAACGAGAAGAUCCAACCUCCUGCUACAUUCUUUCACAGACUAUUAAUGACCAGGUUAAAUAUCUUAGAGAAGCUGUUGAUCAUCUGUUAGAUGUUACACGCCAAAAUGUUGAUGAUGGUGAAAACGCAGAUUUGAAGGAAGUUCAGGAACAGGUCGUAAAGUUGAAGGCUAUGUUAUCAACAAAACGAGAACAGAUUGCAACAUUACGUAGUGUUCUCAAGGCCAAUAAAUCUACCGCUGAGGUUGCGUUAGCCAAUCUUAAGCAGAAGUAUGAAAAUGAGAAAGUCAUUGUAACAGAAACGAUGAUGAAAUUAAGAAAUGAAUUGAAGGCUUUGAAAGAAGAUGCAGCCACGUUUGCAUCGUUGAGGGCAAUGUUUGCUCAACGCUGUGAUGAAUAUGUUACUCAGUUAGAUGAACAGCAGAGGCAGUUAACAGCUGCCGAAGAAGAAAAGAAAACUCUGAACUCGUUACUGCGAAUGGCGAUACAGCAAAAAUUAGUGCUGACUCAACGUUUGGAGGAUCUCGAGUUCGACCGUGAAAGGCGUAACAUUAGACGUGUUCCUAGACCCAAAAACAAUCAGGCCAAAACAAACUAUCCUUCAUUUGAGGAUCAAGGUCAAACGCGGAGGUCAUAUCAAAAGCGUGAUUAUUAGGAUGUGAUUUGUGUUGAGUGGUUUUGUAUACAUGUAGAAAGGAAUGGUAUAAUACAUGUAUGGUUAUAAGUCUAUGGAUCCACAGUGAGAUGUGCACUGUGUAUAAACUUAAUAAAUGCAAACUAUAAAUGUUUUAGAUAACAAUAUUUUUAAAGCAUGAAUGGCUAGUGUAUGCUUUCGGUAUACUUGUAUUAUCUCAGAGAAGAUUAUUUUAUAAAAAUAAACAGGAUUAUACAGGUAUACAUUUUAAUCCAUUCUACUCUAGUCAGAUGGUUAGAAUGGAAUUUGUACAAAAAUAGGAUAUUAAUUAAGGUAUGGUCUUAAACCAAAAAAAUAUCUAGGAUGAUAUAAAGGGCUCUUUGUACUAAGUGUUUUGAUUAUUUUUGUAUAAAAUUAUUAUAAAGCAAUUAUGUAUAUUUCCAAAACUUGCUGAGGUUGUUUGCAGUGCAUAUAUAUAAUGAUGUUACUUCUAUGGAAAGGUAGGUUUUCCACUAAUACUUUAUCUUGAAGUUGACUCCUGAUAUAAUUUAAUCAUUAGAUUGAUUUUAAUUCAUUUCUAUAAUCUUUUGGUAGUACUUAAAUAUAUACUAUAUACAUAUAAAUCUUUUAUUCAAUGUAUCACAUGAUAAAUCAAUUCAUCAAUAUUAGAAAAGGAGGUGUAAAUUGGAGGUUGCCAAUUUGAUUUUUGAGAAUAUUUUUAAUCUCAAUAUAUUGAUAUUCCUAAUCAUAGCAUUUAUAACAUGGUUCAAAUUAAAUGUUUUAAUUUGUAUUUAUUCCUAUUUGUGUUAGCAUUUAUUAAUGGAAACAAUGAAAUAGUUUUAAAUGCAAUGUUAUAUCCACACUAGUUUAAAUUUAAUACAACUUUUAUUUAUAUUAUAUUAGAUGCAAGUAAGAAAUUUAUAUAUUACCGAAAAGAUAACAGUUUUAGCUGGGGUUUUUUAUUCUCAAAAUAAUUCUUAUUCAUUCCAAAAUAUAAACUUUGAUAUUGAAAUUUAUUACACAUAUAUGUGAUAUAAGUCAUUUCUAGAAUUACCAAGAUUGUCUUCUCUUUGAUGUAAACAGAUAAAAUUUUUAGCAUCUUAAUCCGAUUUUAACAGUUCUAUUACAAAGUUGUUAACAGUUAAGAAUAUGAACAUGGCAACUAUAGGUGCAAACUUGGUGUGUAGCUAUUUAUUGAUGUUGAAAUAUAUAUGUUAUAUUUAUCUUUUAAUAAUAGAAUUGAGAUCCUUUUGAGGGCUUUGCAAACAUGAAAAAGUUUAUAGUUCUAGGUACAAUUUCUUGUUUGAUGUUUAUAAUCAAUUUUUUUUUGCAUUUCUCUAUCUAUGAUUUUAAACUUCAAUUACGCUUAAAAGUUAUAAAUGGCCAACAAGAAAUCAGAUCUUAUUGAAAUUUAUAAUGUAUGUUAUUUUAUGUGAAACAGGUAAGAAAUGGUCACACUUUUUUUUCAGUGAGCAAUAGAUAUACUUGUAUACUGCAAACAAACCUAAUAGAUGUGAUAACUAUUAAUAUUUUAUAAGAAACUAAGAAACACUAUGAUAUAAUUUAUUAUAACCAUAACCAUUAGUUAUGAAUUAUUCACGAAACUGUAUUAUUUGGGGUGAUGGACAUGUGUAUCCGUGUAUUGGAUAGGGUAAUACUGUUUUAUAAUAUUAGAUACAUGUACAAUAUAUUUAAUGUUAUAUGAUAUUAUCUUAACAGGGUUUUGUCCAUCAAUUUGUCUUGUAAAGAAUUUUUUAUUUAAGACAUUUUAGAACUUAAAAGAUAUUAAAAAAAUGUUUUAACCACUAGCA